CCAAAUUUGUUUGAGACCCUUCCAGGCAACAAUGCUUAGGAUCACAGCUUAAGUGACUUCAGUCCUCUCCCUGCUUCCCCUGCCCCACCCCAUUGCUAUUGGCAUGUGGAGGUGUUCUAAUGAAAACUGGCUGCCAGAAUGGACAUAAAUUGGAUGAGCUUUAAUAAUGUGAUAGCAUGCUCUUGGGGAAUCCAAGACCUAAGAGGGCCCUUUUGUACCAAGCUUGACAGGAUGUUUUUCAUGGAAUGUGACCUUGCUGCAAAACCGGAGAAAAUAAUAAAGAAAUGGGAUCCAUCUGUCUGUGUCAAUCUUGAAAAUACUGAAACGAAAGGGAAAGCUGUGAAUAAACCAACAAAUGAAAGAGUCAGUGAUCUGCUGGCCAGCUAUACCAACUUCCCAGGUAAAGAGAAUGAAUUUUGGGAUUAUCUGUUAAGUCAGACAAGAGAUUUUGGUCCGAGAGACGGAUUUGGUCAUUUGGACUGUGGCCAUAAUUUUGCUCCGAAGCAAGCAAAGAUGGAUGCAGAUGGUGAAGAUAAAAAGCUGCGCACACGCACAAGAGGAACCAAGGCACACGUGGAUUCGAUAGCACAGGAGCUCAGUGCCUACAAAAGCUCCAUGGCCAAGAAGAGGAAAGCUGAAGAACAGAUUUCAGGCGUUCCAGUCAAUAAAAGGAAGUCUUUGCUGAUGAAACCCCGUCACUACAGUCCCAGUGCAGAAGGCAAAGGAGAAAACGAGGACAAGGCAGAACUGCAGGAUGACGACAGCAACAUCCACAAGACAGAAGAAAGCACUAUGAUACCAGCAAAAGGGACUUCUCAUGUGGAUGUGCAAGAAAGUACUCAUCAAAAGGAUGAUUACACUAGCUACCAGGACCUAAUGACCAAAUCUUUAAUGCAUUUUGGAAAAAUGGCAAAAGAUGUAUCAAAUCAUCCAGAAGAUGAUAAACUAAAUGACAGUGGGAGCCAAUCCUUAAACAUCAAAAACUGCCGUGUUGAUGAAUGUUAUAUGAUUGAAACAACAGUAGGAAAAGACAGAAUUGGUGUUUCAGAUUCGCAGUACUGUUCCUCUGAGGACAAUGAAAGUAGUUCUGAAAUUCUGGACAAUGAAUGGGAUAGUUCCUCAAACUUAUCUGAAGAGACAAGCAUAAAAUUUCCCCUAAAUAAAAAAUACAUUAUAGGAUGUAAUCAGCAAGACGUCGUAAAAAUACCAGGAGUCAAAACCGAAGACACAGAUUUUGAUAAAUCUGAAUCUGUUUGUGACUCAGAAAAAGGGCUUCAGGAAUCACAGGACUCACACACUGAACCUUUCAGCAACAGAAUCCAGAAUCCAUUUCCAGACAGUGAGGAAGAUGAAUGCCUGUCAGAAAAUACGGAAGUGUCAUUUGAUUUGGACAAAACGAAACAGAACUUGAGUUUGCUAGAACAGGCAAUAGCUCUGCAGGCAGAACAAGGUCAUGUCUUUCAUAGCACCUACAAAGAGCUGGACAGGUUCCUACUGGAGCAUCUUGCUGGUGAAAGAAGGCAAGCCAAAGUUGUUGAUCUUGGUGGUAGACCAAUCUACAACAACAAACACUUGCCUAGAUCUGAAAAGAGAGAGACAAAAUGUCCCAUUCCAGGAUGUGAUGGCACAGGGCAUGUGACUGGCUUGUAUCCACACCAUCGCAGUCUUUCUGGUUGUCCACAUAAAGUUAGAGUGCCACUUGAAAUCCUUGCCAUGCAUGAAAAUGUUCUAAAGUGCCCCACUCCUGGAUGUACAGGAAGAGGACAUGUAAAUAGCAACCGCAACACUCACAGAAGUCUUUCUGGUUGUCCAAUUGCUGCAGCUGAAAAAAUGGCAAUGUCUCAGGAAAAAAUUCAGCACGACUCUCCCAAAAUAGGGGAGUGCCAUGAUCAGGUCCACAGGACACACUUAGUGAAGCAGCUUGAGCUAUCUCAGUACCACUGCAGAUCUGCCCAACCAAUCCCUUCUCCCAGACCCACCUUUACAAGAGACCAAGAGAAGUGUGGGAAAGUACCAUUUGACUAUGCUAGCUUUGAUGCCCAAGUAUUUGGCAAACGAACAAUGAUGCCAACUGUGCAAGGCCAAAAACCUACGCAAUUCCUCGAAUCAAAGCAUUUUUCAAAUCCAGGAAAAUUUUCUCAUCGGCUGCCUAGUGCUAGCGCCCACACACAGAGCCCUUACCAUGCCAACUCUUAUGGCUACGGUCAAUGUAGUGAAGACACCCACAUAGCAGCAGCUGCUGCAAUCCUGAACCUUUCCACCCACUGCAGGGAAGCAGCAGAGAUCCUCUCCAACAAACCACAGAGUCUGUCUGCCAAGGGAGUUGAUAUAGAAGUGGAUGAAAAUGGCACCCUUGAUUUGAGCAUGAAAAAGAACAGAAACCAAGACAAGGCGACUCCUCUAACUUCUUCCAAUGCAAUGGUCCCCACUCCUUCCUCUUCUCCCUUCAAGACAGGCAGCAUUCUUGUAAAUGCCACCUUCUACCAGGCUUUAUGUGAAAAGGAAGGCUGGGAUACACCGAUCAACUAUAGCAGGAGCCAGGGAAGGAAAGAAGAGGAGAAAGAGAAAGAUCCUGUGAACUGUCCUGAAAGUCUGGAGGAUAAAAAAUUCUCAGGAGAUGUCUCUGUCCCUAGUCCAAAACUCAAGCUCCAUUCAAGAGAUCUCAAAAAGGAACUGAUCACGUGUCCUACACCAGGCUGUGAUGGCAGUGGUCAUGUGACAGGAAACUAUGCAUCGCACCGCAGUGUUUCUGGCUGUCCGUUAGCUGACAAGACAUUAAAAUCCUUGAUGGCUGCCAACUCUCAAGAACUUAAGUGUCCUACACCUGGAUGUGAUGGCUCUGGUCAUGUAACUGGAAACUAUGCCUCCCACAGAAGCUUGUCUGGUUGCCCCCGGGCGAGGAAAGGUGGUCUCAAAGUGACUCCCUCCAAGGAAGAAAAAGAAGACCCUGAACUUAAAUGUCCGGUGCUAGGCUGUGAUGGCCAAGGUCACAUAUCAGGUAAAUACACUUCUCAUCGCACUGCUUCGGGUUGUCCUAUGGCUGCCAAGAGACAGAAGGAGAGUCCUCCCAAUGGGUCUUCGCUGCCCUGGAAACUGAACAAGCAAGAGCUGCCACACUGUCCUUUGCCAGGCUGCAACGGGCUGGGUCAUGUUAAUAACGUUUUUGUCACCCACAGAAGUUUGUCUGGAUGUCCUCUGAAUGCACAAGCCUUAAAAAAGAGCAAAAUAACGGAGGAACUAAUGACCAUCAAGUUGAAAGCAAGUGGAGGUUUAGAGAAUGAGGAGGAAAUCAGACAUUUGGAUGAAGAAAUAAAAGAACUGAAUGAAUCCAACCUUAAAAUUGAAGCUGACAUGAUGAAACUUCAGACACAGGCCAAGAGCCCACUGCCAUGUAUCCAUCCUUCUGCUUCAUGGUUUCAGAUCACAUCUAUGGAAAGCAAUCUGAAAACAAUAGAAGAAGAGAACAAACUUAUAGAGCAGAACAACGAGAGCCUUCUAAAGGAGCUGGCUGGCCUAAGCCAAGCCCUCAUCUCCAGUCUUGCCGACAUUCAGCUUCCACAAAUGGGCCCAAUCAGCGAGCAGAAUUUUGAAGCAUAUGUCAAUACUCUCACAGAUAUGUACAGCAAUCUGGAACGGGACUAUUCACCAGACUGCAAGGCUCUGUUGGAAAGUAUCAAACAGGCAGUGAAGGGUAUCCAUGUGUAGGAUGAGGAAGCUGCUGGGCAACAGGAGUUACUUAGCAGCAGCAAACUCCCGAUGGAUGUCAAGAGCUCCUGGACUGCUUAGGAGUAUUGGUUGCUGUGCUGCAUUUAUAACUACAACAUUGCACUAUUUUUUUUCCAGCUGACAUAAAAAGGACAGAAAAGAUAACAGACUAUUAUAUUAACAGCAAUGACUCCUAUCAUAGAAUAUAUUUAUUUCGGUACAAAUCCUUUUCUGUUGUUGUUGUUGUUUUUGCACUCUCUUCAUUUUGUAAAGUGGAUGUAAAAAGUGUGUGUAACUAUUUUUUUACAUUUUUUUAUUUAUUUUCAAUCAAAGAGUUGUGGGUUUUUUUUUAAUCUUUUAACAACAUUUCUUGCGGCCUGCCAUAUUUUUACAAAUGUGUUUGUUAAUUUAUUUUCCAAUGAGAUUUUAAAUAGACUGAAAGUUAUAGUGUAAAUUAAAUAAUGUGCUGGGUUUGUACAGGAGGAAGAAGAAAAAAAUGAUGAAAGAAACAAAAUAACAGAACUGUGAUUCUAGUUUUAUUUUCACCACAUCCUGCUUUUUAUAAUGGCUUUUUUUAAUGAAUAAGAGAUGGUUUUGCAAUAGCUUGAGCUGUGAAGAACCAGGGAUGCAAAGCUGAAUGGUGCCCUCUCUUGGAGGAACAGAAGCUCUUCAAGCAUAGCAUACUGUGAGAGUUUGACUUUUUUUUAGCAAUAAUGAAAUAUAGCAAUCAGCAAAGCAUUGAACUUGGCUAUGUGAGUAAGCCUACACAAAGUGAUCAUUUGAAACCAUUCAAAGGAAGACCAGAAGUGACUGAAGGAUACGUAUUUCUUUUCCAUUCAUCGAAAAUAACUUUUUAACCCCUUAAAUGUGAUAGGCUUUGAAAUGACCUGUAGCUUUUUGGUACAGAGUCCUGUAAAAACAUUGGUCAGUUGACCAAUAUCAAUAUAAUUUCAUAUUGGAAAAAUUGCAUCCCAAGCUGAUGAUUUUGUAUAUACGAUUAAGCCAAGAAAACCUUCCCUGAAAUGACAGUUUUACUAGGAUGAAUGAGGGAAUCUGAGAAGCCUAAAGUUGCUAUUCUGCUUUGACACCGGGGAGCACAAGCCCCACUGAGAUGAACUGAGAUUGCACCACAGCAAUCAUGAUGACUGGACCUAUGAACUAUAGCAACGCAUUGACUGAUUUUACUCUGAGUAUACACGAAUGCUGUGAACACAAACACAUUUACUCUGAAGUGAGCUCCACUGAGAUUGAUAGGACUUAAUCUCUGAGAAAAUAGCCUCGUGCUAACAGCUCCAUUGGUGGAUUCCCAUCAUAAGUGUGGAGUUGUCUCUGAAGUGAAUGUGAAAGCCUCCACUUCUAGAAAAGAUCAGUGUUCAGAGUCCUGCUGUGGAGCUUUGAAUCAGGGUCCUGAAUCUGUUUCGUGCUGAAGUUACAGAAGGCUUCAGUGGAUUACCAUUUCUUAGGGAAAGGGUUCCAAGAGCCACAGGCCCUAUAACCCACACAAAAAGGAAUAUACACACAUGUUCCAAGUGUACCUCUUGGUACAUCUAUAUUCAGUCUCAGUUUAGUAGCAGCUAUAAACAGAGACCCUAUGUCUGUUUCAGGGAUUAUAAGUAAUAGAGCAUUUUGUUUCUGGAAUUUUAACAGUUUUUGUUUUUAAAGAUGUAUAAACAACCAGCUGAACUGCCUUUUUUUGUAUGCACAAACGUCUCACGCGCAUAUGUGCCUCAGUGUAAAAUGUAGACAUGAAUUACCGUGCGUUUAAUUUCUCUGUGCUACAAUGAAAAGUGUUUCUUUUUAUUUGCCUACUUGAUAUUUCAACUGGAUAUAUGACAGCAUUCAGAGGCUUGACUCAUACGAUUAUAUUCUCGUGUUCUCCUCCGAAGCUGCUUCUCCAAGAUCAUCCAACUUUCAUACACUGUGGUUGCUGUUCUGCAUUAGGUGGGGCUUGCUGUUGAUGUGAGGGGUUGAUUUGGCCCUCAGACUUUAGUUUAGACAGGAGAGAUGUAUGUUCUUAGAAGCUGUGUUUAUUUUUUAAAAGAAACACAAUUUGACAGAAACUACAAUAUGUGCUAAUAUGAAAUGGAACACCAAAUUUGCUAUUAAAUUAUUGUACUUGUUUUAAAAAGGACAUUUGCUAUACUUGUUUAAUGCAUACAAGAAAUGGGUUCACUCAUGACAGAGACUAAAAGUUAAUUUACUAAAUAUUUUAAGAAAUUUGUUAUAUAUUUUAUUUAAUUUAAAUUAAAGUAUCUCCUACUGGCCUAUCUAUUUAUUACUAUGAUUUACUAUGGCUUCAAGUUAAUCUGUGUUUGGAUUGUUUGCUCAGGAUGUAUCUUUGUAUUUAUUUGCCUCCUUUUGUACUUGACGUAUGUAAUGUGCACUGUGAUUCCCUUGCCCACCCCUUUUCUUUUCUUUCUCUUUCUUGGUUUCAUUUUAAUUUGCAUUGAUGAGCUAUCCUGUAAAUUAGACCUUUUGUAAAGAGCAAUGAUGUAUGCAUUUUUUUUUAUUUUGGAGUAGUUUGUAUACUGUUUCUUCAUACAAUUAAUAUUUCUUACAUCAAAGCAACAAAAUUGUGUUCUGUGCUGUACAUUUGGUGUAUGGUAGGAAAUAAAAUUGAUACUGAAACAGUU